AGCCGCGCGAGCACACCAUUACACUUGCGUUCUCGGUGCGGCGGUCUCAUGUGAAACGCGCCGCGACUGUGCCGCUUUAGCGGGCGAAACGAGCUCUAACAGAUGCCUUUAGUCCUGCCGCCUGGCAACCAGCGUCUGUGUGUGAAUGCUGCUCAGCAGCGUGCAUGUGGGCGAUCUCUUUUAACACACACACACACACACACACACACACACACACACACUUACAUAAAAACACAAUGUACGCAUGCUGACAGAGAUUUACGUACCCACACACAGAAAACCUGCUGCUUUAGCUCUCCUGCUUCACACUAGUAGUAGUAGUAGUUCAGAUUAACAUUUGUUAUGUUCUUGUCUGCUUGUUGUUUAGGAAGCUUUACACACAAACAUUGUCAUCUUAAUGUUGAUGACAGUGUGCAUGAUGGAGUCCUGUUUAGUGAUGUAAUGUUAUAUUCAAUUAAUGUGCUGCAUUGCUUUUGAGCUUACAGUGAAAACUUAGGUUUGAGCUUUAUUCACUAGCUCUUCUACUCAGGUUAAUUUAAAAGAUCUCCAUUCUCAAUUCAUUUUAUUGGUUGUAGAUCUUUGUGAUUGAAUAGGCGAGAUCAUUUACGCAAGUGCAAGAUGUCUGCUGAAGCAUUUUCUUAUUUCCUUUAGUCUUUAGUCUUGUUAAUCGCAGGCCAGCAUCCAUUUUGUUUACCUGUUGAUCCUGUAGUGCGAAUUCCAACAUGCUCAUAUGGAUUCUGCACUGGUUUCAUGGAAAACAUUGCCCACUCCCAUAGCCCAGUCGUCUCUUGAUAUGCACAACAGCCUCAGUGCUGUUCCUUUGGCAGAGCGGUGUGUUAUUGACCAGAGAUGAAAUUUGAUGAGGUAAACCGUAUUCAGUGGCUCUCAAGCAUAACAUGGUAAUUGGGCUUUGUUGAGCUCUCUCGUUGACAGGCUAGCAUAGAAACCUCAAUCCCCUCUGACUUUCUUAGGUCCCUAUCUGUCAACACAUUAGCAGCAUAAGAUGGACUUGAUCCGACAAGAGAGGGUCCUAAUUUGUUAGCCAUUGUUUCGCAAUUGAACAGUGAAUGGAUAGGGUUACAUUAAGGAAGUGUUAUAGCUUUAAGACCUCACUGACAGUAAUGUGGAAAAACUGAGGCUUGCUAAUUUCCCAUCAAAAUAAUUUAGUCCAGAAUGCAUUUGCGGUUUUAUUGUCCACUGCUUAGGUAGUGGCCCUGUGUCUCUAAUUGUCUAUUACCAAGAUGAUGGGCAUGGUGGUCCCAGUGGUCCAGAGCAGCGCUACGUCCUCCUUACAGCAGGCUCAUCAGAUAUGCACGUUCUGUUCAUGGAAUUUCUGAUGCAUUAUUGAUAGCCUGCCAUAUUUAGUAAGUGAUGAGCAUUCAGUAGAGGCUACAGAUGCUGUUGCUCCAAACUGCAUUGGGAACAGAAUAGAUAUGAUAUGACCUGUUGCUUUGUUAUGUUUUAUUGUUUGUUUGUCUGGGGGAGGCGCGUGCUCCAGUGUUGUCCCAAACCACUUACAGUUGUACCAAAAGCAACAGAUGUAAUGCUCUGCAUCUGUUGAACACACCUGUUCCCUUGACGUGGCUUCCCGGUGUUUCCCAAAUGCAGGCAAGACCUGGCAAAGUGCACAGCUGCUGUUUGCUUUCUUCUUUUCCCCCUGAAAGUGACUCUCCUUUUUGCAGAACUCCCGAUUCCACUGACUAAGCUGUGCAGCAGCUAAUGGAACUGAAGUGCGCUGAGUGUUUACCACAGGAGCUGAUAGUCAGGAGGAGGGCAGAGCCUGGCUGGGAAAUCCUGCUGGCGCUGUUUGAUGGGAGUGCAGUUGCCAUGGCGUUGGCUCCCGGGGGAGAGGAGGCAGAGGCUCGUAACAAAAUCUGCCAACUCAUCCGGCACCUGUGGCACAUCUCCGGCUCUCUCCCUCGCUCUCCAUCUUUCUCUCCCACUCCUUUGCUUUCUCUUACCUCCUUCUGUUUUUCUCUUCUUUUUCUCCUGUCUCUCCGUGGAGAGUUUUCCAGCAUGUUUCUGAAAACAUGGAGUGCCUGGUGACGGGAAUGGCAUUCCGUAGAACUUGUAUGGGCAUUGGCGCACCUGCCUUCUGCUCUUGUUUCCUGCAGCGCGUAUCUCAACUAUUUAGAUCUAUUUUUACUGUAUUUUUUUUUUUGUGGUCUUGAAAUUUUAUGUGUGUGGGAGAUUCUGCAGUAUCUCAGAGAUUCCGCAGCACUGUAGGAUUAUCGAAAGAAGGUGCUUCACAUACGAAUGAAAUCACCUGAAUUGGACUUUCAAGUAUUUGCUUUUUGAUCUGGACUUGGAUGGAUUGUUAUACUUUGGAAGGAUUCUGCAUUUGGACCUGAAAGCGAACAGAACAUGGGCUUUGCAAAAGGCAUUUAUUUCUGCUACUGUUAAGAUGCUAGAACCCAGAAGAUUAUGGGCAUUAUGGUGGCUUGACAAAAGACUAACUCAGGGAUUGUAAACACAUGCCUUGAUUGCUUCCUGGUUUGUGCUGAUGUCUAUCUCUGGAAUCUCUCUUUUGCUCAUUUUUAUUUAAGGAGGGACUCAUUUUUUCUCUUCCUGUUUUCUUGGAGAAAGAUUUGUGUAAUUUCUGGAGGCCGAGGCUCUUCGUGUCAGUGGGAGAGAGUUUAAUCUUUCUGUUCCCUGGGGUUCAUGACACAGAGGGGAACUGGCCAUCUGCAUAGCUCAUGCAUGUCAUUGUCGGUGUGAGUAUCUUUACAGCCUAUGAAUAUGAGGCUUCAGCUUUCAAAGACUAACCGAGCAGUGUGAUAGAAAAUCAACAACAAUAAAUAUUGUAAUUGCUGAGUGCAGAGCCUUUCACAGAAGGAAUAACCAGUGACCAGGAUCUCUUCUUCCAAACACUCAGGAAAUGCCGUCAGACUGUUAGCAUCUUGGUAUCUAGUUUGUCGCCCAUCCCUUCCAGCUUUCCACUGCAACAAGGGUGUGUGUGUGUGCGUGUGUGUCCGUGCAUGUGGGCAGUGCAAACGUGGCCAUGAAUUACAUCUUCAGUGGUAACACCCUGUACUCCAGGGGCAACCGCGGCAGCACUAACUCGGGUCACGGCUAUAUACCAAAGCCGAGGUUGGCCUCCGUGCGGAGCUGCUCUGAGGAGCCUCCAGACCAGCACCAGACCCGCUGGCACCGAGUGCAGGUCCUCCUCUCCCGUCUCCGGAUGUUCACCGACUGCAUUUCCGCAGGGGCCACGCAGCAGACAGAUGCUGUCCCACCCUCCGUUCCCAUAAUCCCUGUGAUCCCAAUCUCGCCUGUCCCUGCGGAGCCCGCCGCUGCCAUCACUCCACCAACGUCACCGCAGGCGAAUCCGCCCCCUGUCGUGGUGAACACAGAGAGUCUGGACUCCGCUCCAUACGUCAAUGGAACAGAGGCAGAUUAUGAGUAUGAGGAGAUCACGUUGGAGCGGGGCAACUCUGGCCUGGGCUUCAGCAUUGCAGGGGGAACGGAUAACCCCCACAUCGGCGACGACCCCAGCAUCUUCAUCACCAAAGUCAUCCCCGGGGGGGCGGCAGCGCAGGAUGGGAGACUUCGGGUAAAUGAUGUGAUCCUGAGGGUGAACGAGGUGGAGGUGCGUGACGUGACCCACAGCAAGGCAGUGGAGGCGCUGAAGGAGGCUGGCUCGCUAGUACGACUAUACGUGCGCAGGAGAAAGUCGGGCAACGACAAGGUGGUGGAGAUCAAGCUGGUCAAAGGACCCAAAGGGCUUGGCUUCAGUAUAGCAGGCGGUGUAGGUAAUCAACACAUCCCAGGGGACAACAGCAUUUACGUCACCAAGAUCAUAGAGGGAGGAGCCGCGCACAAAGAUGGCAGGCUGCAGAUAGGAGACAAGCUUCUGGCUGUGAAUAGCGCCUGUCUAGAGGAGGUGACCCAUGAGCAUGCCGUGACUGCCUUGAAAAACACCCCAGACGUGGUCUACUUGAAAGUGGCAAAACCCAACAGUGUCUUCAUGAACGACAGCUUCGCCCCACCAGACAUCACCAACUCCUAUACCCAACACGUGGAGAACCAUAUCACUUCCCCCAGCUACAUGAGCCAGCCCCUGCCUCCCAUCGCCAGCGGCCACUACUCGCCCACCCCCAAGGCCAUGCUGGGAGAUGACGACAUCACCAGGGAGCCCCGUAAGGUGGUGCUGCACCGCGGCUCCACCGGGCUGGGCUUCAACAUCGUGGGCGGAGAGGACGGAGAGGGCAUCUUCAUCUCCUUCAUCCUGGCCGGAGGCCCCGCUGACCUUUGCGGAGAGCUGAGGAAAGGGGACCGCCUGGUGUCUGUAAAUGGAGUGAACCUGUGCGACGCCACUCACGAGCAGGCCGCCGCGGCGCUCAAAAAUGCUGGGCAAACGGUCACUAUCGUGGCCCACUACAGACCAGAGGAGUACAGCCGCUUCGAGGCCAAGAUCCACGACCUGCGGGAACAGAUGAUGAACAGCAGCAUCAGCUCCGGCUCCGGCUCUCUGCGCACCAGUCAGAAGAGAUCGCUCUACGUCCGAGCGCUGUUUGACUAUGACAAAACCAAGGACUCUGGGCUGCCCAGCCAGGGCCUCAACUUUAAGUUCGGGGACAUCCUGCACGUGGUGAACGCGUCCGACGACGAGUGGUGGCAGGCCCGACAGGUGACCCUGGACGGGGAGGUGGAGGAGCUCGGGGUCAUCCCCAGCAAGAGAAGAGUGGAGAAGAAGGAGAGAGCGCGGUUAAAGACGGUCAAGUUCAACGCCAAGUCACGAGACAAAGGGCAGUCAAUCAAUGACAAGCGUAAAAAGAACCUCUUUUCCCGAAAGUUCCCUUUCUACAAGAACAAGGAGGCGAGCGAGCUGGAAACCAGCGAUGUGGACCAGCAUGUCACUUCUAAUGCCAGCGAUAGUGAAAGUAGUUACCGUGGCCAGGAGGAGUAUGUGCUGUCGUACGAGCCAGUCAGUCAACAAGAAGUGAACUACACACGCCCAGUAAUUAUACUGGGCCCAAUGAAAGACCGCGUCAAUGAUGACCUGAUAUCAGAGUUCCCGGACAAAUUUGGCUCUUGCGUACCCCAUACGACCCGACCAAAGCGCGACUAUGAGGUGGACGGCAGAGACUACCACUUCGUCAUCUCCAGAGAGCAGAUGGAGAAGGACAUCCAGGACCACAAGUUCAUCGAGGCGGGCCAGUACAACAACCACCUGUACGGCACCAGCGUGCAGUCAGUCCGGGAGGUGGCCGAGAAGGGCAAACACUGCAUCCUCGAUGUGUCGGGCAAUGCUAUCAAGAGACUGCAGGUGGCAGUGCUCUAUCCCAUCGCUAUCUUCAUCAAACCGAAAUCAGUUGAAAACAUUAUGGAGAUGAACAAGCGGCUGACUGAGGAGCAGGGCAGGAAGACGUUUGACCGAGCCACCAAACUGGAACAGGAAUUCACAGAACACUUCACAGCUAUUGUCCAAGGGGACACGCUGGAGGAGAUCUACGAUCAAGUGAAGCAGAUUAUCGAGGAGCAGUCUGGGCCAUACAUAUGGGUACAGUCCAAGGAGAAGCUGUGAGCGGGGGCAGUGCGUCUCCAUCCUUUCCCUCCCCCACGUUAUCUCCGUUUAAUUUAUUGAUCACUUUCUUUAGGAGCUGGUCUGCAGGAAACAUCCAGACACCUCUACUCCCUCCCAUCCCCCACACUGCUCACACACACACACACACACACACACAAACAAGCACACACUAGCCCGUCCCUUCUGAGGUUGUGACAGUGACCUCAUUUCAGUGUCCCCCACCCCUGACAGUACAGUAGGUAUGUCAACAGACACCACGCCCCUAAAUUCCAUGAUCACUGCUACCUGCUUGUUAAAAGGAGGGGGGGGGGGGGGUGGAAGGCAGACCAGCAGCUACAAUGAGAGGGCUUUUUGUUUUCUUUUUUUUCAAACGGUACUGUUCCUUAAUGUUUAAGGAAGUUUCUAGGAAGUAAAUGGUCAGUUGUACUUUGGAAAACACUAAAGGAUGGAAAAGAAAAUACCAUUUAACUUUUUUUCUUCUUCUUCUUUUUUUUAAAUUGGUGGAUGGAAGUCAAGUCUCAGGCAUUGGGUCAUACAGAAAAGAAGUUUGAAACUAAAACAGCAUACAUGCACACACGCGAGCACACACACACACACACACACACACCUUCAGAAAUACACAGAGCAAAACUUUGCACGUUAUAGCUUUAAGAGCAUGUCUGUUUGACCUUUUGAUCUUUGUUGUCUGUUUUACCAUUGUAAUCCCUUGAGUUUCAGAACAUUUACCAGUUGUUUCUUUCUUUUUUCUUUAUAACACUUGUAUUCACAUACUCAUAUUGGCUCCUUAUGAAGGUAUCUGUGUAAGGAAGCAAUUUUGUUUUAUUUUUCACAUACUACUGUACAGUGAUAACAAAUAAGUACAGUGUAUGUUAGAAUGUUUCUCAGUUGGUUUUUCUAAAGCUUUGAUCAGUGUCUUACAUUACUCUAUACUUACGUCGAUACUUUUUGUUCAAGUUACAUUUAGGAACAUAAUUCAUCUGCAUAAGUAAGGAACUGCCAUUUUUAAAAAGGAUGUCCCAAGUUUCACGGGCGGAUAGUUCUAGUACAUUGAAAGAAUUUAUUGUACAAUGAGAUUUUAACAGAUAUUUAGCCCUCCAUGAACUGCCUAUUUUGUUAUAAUGAAAGUCUAUAUUGAGAUUUAUGUAAGCACUACUACGAUGGGAAUUAUUUUCUCUACAUUGUAAAACCUAUAAUCAAGGAAAAUAAUUAAAUAUCUUUAAAUAUGAAUAUAUUUUUUUCCUUUUGCCACCUAAUUCUUUUUGUCAUUUAUUUUCCCUCUUUUUAAGUGUACUAAAAACAAACAGGAAAAUUGAAAAAAAAAAAAAAAAAAAAAGAAAGGUAGGAAGGUUCCUGUUUGAGAGCAUGUCAUGGAGACUCGUGGUACAGUAACUCAGUAUGGGGUAGAAAGCAGUCACACAUAGCGCUACUCUGGCAGCUAGUUCUCCUCCUCUCUGGCUCCGUCUCAGCUCCUGUGAAUCACCCACGGUACAGCUACAGUAUAUGUCCUUCUCGUGUGCAAGAAAGCAAAUGAAAGACAAGAUUUUUUUUCUCCUGUCUGCACUCCUACCCAUUGCAAACCAUCUUUAUACAAGGGCGAGUUCAGCUGUUGGAUUUUUUUUCUUUUCCUCGGAAAAGCUGUUGUUUCCUGUGGUGUGGAGUGAUGCUGGUUCUUCUUCAUGUAAGCUGGAAAUUCAAAGACUUGUUUUCAUUUCUUUUCUUUCUUGCAUUUUUUUCUUUUGUUUUGUAAACCGUCCAGCGGAGGAAGCCCUGCCGGGUCUUCUCAGAGAUGAUUGUUUUCUAUACUAAGACUGCCUCUUCUACCACCUCACCUCCACUUUCUAGGGACACUUUGGGACUGGAACAUGUAAAUAACCUACUGAUCUAAUUCAUUCCAUUGAUCAAAAAGAGGAGAACAGCUAAUUCAACAAAUAAAAAAAAAAACUUUCUCAUACA